UCACACACUCGCCUUCUCUUCAUCACCCCCUUUCAUACCUAAAUUCAUCCUUUAUCUUUUUCACUCUGCUUCUUUAGUCAAAUAUGUCAUUCUGGGGUAUUACUGGCCUGAUUCCUUUGCUCCUCAUUCUCCAAGCUGUUGAAGCCAGAAUCCCCGGUGUUUACUCCGGCGGUGCUUGGCAAAGCGCCCAUGCCACUUUCUACGGUGGCAGUGAUGCUUCUGGGACAAUGGGUGGAGCUUGUGGCUAUGGAAACCUUUACAGCCAAGGCUAUGGAGUGAACACAGCAGCUUUGAGCACUGCUCUUUUCAACAAUGGGUUCAGCUGCGGUGCCUGUUUUGAGAUCAAAUGCGCUAGUGAACCACAAUGGUGCCAUUCCGGCAGCCCUUCCAUUUUCAUAACCGCAACCAACUUUUGCCCUCCAAAUUAUGCUCUGCCCAGCGAUAAUGGCGGAUGGUGUAACCCCCCUCGUCCUCACUUCGAUCUCGCUAUGCCCAUGUUCCUUAAGAUUGCCGAGUACCGUGCCGGCAUUGUCCCCGUCUCUUAUCGCAGGGUGCCAUGCCGGAAGAAGGGUGGAAUAAGGUUCACGAUCAACGGUUUCCGUUACUUCAACUUGGUUCUAAUCACCAACGUGGCUGGUUCCGGUGACAUCGUGAGGGCAAGCGUUAAAGGUUCCAAAACAGGGUGGAUGAGCUUGAGCCGAAACUGGGGUCAGAACUGGCAAUCUAACGCCGUUUUGGUCGGUCAAUCUCUUUCAUUUAGGGUCACCGGCAGUGAUCGUAGAACUUCUACGUCGUGGAACAUUGUCCCUUCUAAUUGGCAGUUUGGUCAAACUUUCACGGGUAAAAAUUUCAGGGUCUAAAACAUGUAUUUUUUUAAGUGUUGGGGUUUAAAUACUUGGUAGGGAAAGUGCGUGUUUAAGAUUGUUUUGACUUUUGACGGUGAGUGAAAGUGGGUUGUUACCUCUUCCUGUAAUGGGCUUUUCACUUCUUCUUUCCUUGGGUGAAAGGGUGAGACAGAGAGUUAAAAAAAGUUGAAUGUAACGGGGGCUGAUGUGGCUUGGAAAGAAGUUGUAGCCCGCAGCUUUAAUACUUUUCUUUUCUAUUAUAUGUUUAAUUUAAUGAAAGAAACUGUCAUUUACUAA